CAAAAUAGAAAAAAGGUGUUAAAGUAUCGGGGGAGCGGUGGGUCUGAAAAGGGUACAGAAAGUACAGUCGGCUGGAAAAAAAACACAGUUUGACAAGAUGAACAGCGCAGCUGUAUAUCCGCCUCUUAAUGCCCCUGCUGCAAACCCGUUCCCAAACAUACCUGGCUAUGAAGGAAUUGCAGGAGGUGCUGCCCUGCCUCCUCCUAUACCUUUACAGCCAGUAACUCCACCGCAGCCUGCCCCCACUCCUGAUGACUGGAAAAUCCCUGAACUGUCAGAGGAGGAGGCUCGUGCUGCAUUCAAGGACUAUGUGGAAUCCCAGUGCUGCUACAGGUCAGGUCCCGCAGAGGAGGGUGUGAUCACCAGCCUGGAGUCAUUUAACACAUACAGGUUGCGUCUGGAGACGUUCACAGAGUCCAGAAAAACUGAAAUGGCUGAGAAACCUUAUGAAGGAGAAAUGGCUGACUUCUACGCUCAGCCCGCCCCCACACCCUGGCAGGUUCAGGCCAAUACCCCCAACCUCUUCAAAGAGGAUACUCAGGAGAUCCGUGUGCCCUACACCUCCUCCAUUAAGGAAUGUAACCCCUGCCGUGGGGAGGGGAAAAUUCCCUGCGAAGACUGCAAUGGAAAUGGAUAUAAACCAUGCAGGAUCUGCAAUGGCUCUGGAAAUAAUGACAACCAACGAUGUUUGAGCUGUGAUGGAACAGGAAAGGACAGUUGUUCCAAGUGCAACGCUGAGGGGAAAAAAAAGUGCAAAACCUGCAAUGGGAAAAAACAACUGUUGACCUUUAUAAAACUAACAGUGAAGUGGACUAACAAUAAGGACAUCCACGUGGAGGAGCAAAACUGUGGCCUUAACAGUAAUAAGAUUGAAUCUGUGAAUGGGAAGGAGUUGUUCACGACCAGCCAGAACAGGGUCUACCCGCUGUAUGGGUUCCCAAACCCAGCCAUCGCUGAAGCCUCCGACCGUCUGAUCAAAGAGCAUCAAUCCAAGUUUGAGCAGACCACCCGGAUCCUGCAGCAGAGGCUUACGGUCGAGUUGGUCCCUGUCACUAAGGUGAACUACAAGUGGAAAGAUAACAUUCACGUCUUCUAUGUCUAUGGAAAUGAGAGGAAAGUCAGUGCCGAAGAUUACCCAGAAACCUGCUGCUGUGUCAUCCUGUAGACAGAAAAAAAAAACUUGGUUUUCAUUCAACUCAAAUCUCCCUUAUAUGCCUUAAAUUUAAUUUUUUUUUUUCCUUCACCAUCUGUUUAUAGUAAGGUUUACAUUAUUACACGGUUCCUUGGUUUCUUUUCACCAUUUUAUAAUGAUAUUCUAUAACCCAAAGGUAAGACUGGAUUUGAAUUUGCUCUCGAAUCAGUUUUCUUUGUCUUUUUUGUCUUUUACCUCAGAUAUACGAUUGUCAUUGAACUCUUUUAUUAUGUCUCAGCUAUUACAUUGAUACCUCAUAUACAUAUGAUUAAAUGGGUCAGUGCCAACAAAAGCCAUAUUAUUCACAACAUAAUCUUAUAGUUACAAAGAACAAAAUAAGCCACUGAUAAAGUCAUUGAUAUAUGCAUUUAUAUACAGUAUGUCAGUUUUAGAGCUAGUGCACCAUCAUUGAUGCUUGUUUUGUGUCUGAGCCUCAUCAUCAUUAUUCAGUGAAGAGUUUAGUAGAAGAACAGAAAUCAGUCAGCUUUAUUAGGAUUCUCUUAAGUUUAAAUACAUGUCUUCUUACCUGAAGAUCUGUUCUCACUGCAAUAGGUGGAUUACCUUUAUUGAAGACCAACAGUGUUCUGUACAGAAUAACAUACCUCUUUUCAUCACAAAAAAUGCCUUGUUUAUUAAAAAAUAUUCAAAAGUGUGUUCUUUAAAUAACAAAAAUGAAAGAAGGUUUGAAGCCGCAGCAGAUUCAGUGUUAUGUCUGCUAGGUA